CUUUAGUUACUGCAGGUUGAGUUCAUUGUUUUUGAGUGGUUCGAGGGUGGGGAUGACCAAAACCCUACAGCAAUUCACCCCCCUCACCGCCAACACCACCUCCACUUCCUUUUUCUCAAGUUCUCUGCAAGUUGAGGCGUGUCCCAACGGCAGUGUUGUGGUGGGCCUCGAGUAUAAGAAAGCUGAGGAUGCCGAUACUCCUGCGUGGCACAAGCUGGUGUGCUCCCCGGUCCUUCCCGAGCUGAACUUCACAAAUCAGUACUGCCAUUAUUCGAGCGAAUUCAUCACUGGCAUGUUGAACUGCACUAAGGAGGAAUACUUGGUGGGUGUAAGAUGGAAUUCAUCCUCCAUCAAGACUGGGAGUGUCCGCAUAAACGCCAAGUGUUGCUCGAAAACUCAGCAGUUCAUGACGCCUACGUACUCCAUGGGCUAUUAACAGAAGAUAUCUUAUUAAUACAAGCACCUUUAUUGGCUCUCGCAGCAUUAUUUCAUCGCCGCUUGGCCUCUCGAGACACUAAAGGGUCGUAUCAUUAGACAUUUCGCCGCCCAAGAACCCAAAUUUGACAAGGCUUUCGUAGGAGUUGUGGGCAUUUCCAGAAGUAGUUUUAUGGCCCUGGUGGUAGUUUGACCCCUCCUUUAUACGGUGAACCUGAAGAAACACUCAUUAGAACUCGACUGGCCCCCUCUUUGACCUUUAGAAAUUGCUGGUGUGAGAAGCCAAAGAGCCUGAUGAUAGCUACCGACUGAAUUGCCUCCCCGAUCGAGACGUGAAAACUGCAGGGCUUGGAAUUUGAAACUGUCACACACUAAUUGCUUGUUUCCCUAUCAUGUCAUGCAUUCACCACAAGUUGUACAAUCACACUAUGUACUGCCUGGGGGUUGGGAUGGCAUGUUACUUCCUUCUCCUUUGUUGUAUACCUGCAAUUAACAAUAAACUAUCAAUCAAUCAAUCAAUCACCGCGUACACUCUGAUAUGUGUGGUCGUAUUUUAAAACACUUCGUCCCACAAUUUCACAUCUUUGACAAGGCUU